UGUUCAAACCAUCCGGAAAGAUGCGCAUUUUGGUGAUAGGAUUAGUGAUAUCGGCUACGCUGGUGGCCCUAAUUAGAGCAGCACCGUCGGAAUUGUGCAAAGAAGUUGAAGAAAAUGAGCCAAAAUGCGAGGAGACUGAAUAUGAGAAGUACAUGAAGUGCUUGGAAGACCGUAAGGAACGACGAAAGAAGCGUCAGGCUGUCUGUCCGUUUCUGCAGCAACAACCACUACCAGUUAUGCCCGUUGCACUGUCGCAACAACAAGUACUUCCCAUUAACACCAACUGCGAUGACUACAGAGCAUGCGUAGCAGGAUGCCAGGGCAACUCAACAUGUAUACCGCUUUGUCCAGUCUGUCCAACCCAAACUGUUCCCAGUCAAACUGGUUCUGGUUGUCCGCUAGAGUACCACACUUGCGUCGGGAACUGUAAUUCUAACAUCGCUUGUCAGACUGACUGCAAACGAUUGUGCACUAACGAAUACCGUUCGGUGAUCAUUCACGGCAUGAAUGGAGAUGCUGAAAAUCGUAUUGAUACACCUCUCACUUCUGGAAGGAAUAUCACGACAGUAAUCAAACUGAAUAACUACAUUAAUAAUACAAACGUUGUCAACGUACCGACGAAUGUUAACGCAACUCAUGUAAAUAACAUUCAUAUCUAUACCAACUCUUCACGAUCUGGUGGUAAAUAUGGAUUAGGGUAUUCUCAGAAGGGUGAUUGUUGUCUCUCAGUACAGCCAAAAUCAUGCCAUGCUUCAUCUCAAGGCUACCGAUGCCACCAUAAGAGACGUCGAACAUGUGGUCAUCAAUGCAAAUCUAGAAUAAUUCAUGCUGUACCCCGAAAGAGAUGUUCUGUUACAGGAUCAUGCGAAGAAAGGGUUGCCUACGUGCCACAACCUAGACCAAGAUGUGUUCAUCAUAGGCAAUGGCCUUAUGUUACCUGCGGUGGACACAGAGAGUCCUUCUGUGAAGGGUGCUAUGAACACUACGGAUAUGGCUACGACAGUUACUACGGAGGACAUGGUCCAGAAUGUCAUGGUUGCUACGAUGAUGGUUUCGAAUAUGGUCCAAUGUAUCGUCGGGGUCCUGUUCUUAGACCGUACUACUACCACGAACCACCUUGUUUCCUAACUGGAACAUGCUACGAUGGUUAUGAUCUAGAAUGCGGUUACGGAUGUUAUGGGCACGAAUAUAUUGAUCCUGCGUGGGGAUUUGCACCUCACUACCCACAUCAUCAUCCCCACAGACCUCCACAUCAUAGGCCUCCGGUAUGGCAAGAUGAGGAACAAGAUGGUAUAUUUCCCGAUGCUGAAGAUGAAGGUUUUAUUACGGAUACGCUUAAUGACACUGUGAUCGAUGAGAAUGACUUUGAUAUUCCUGUACAGAAAUGCAAGGUUAUAGGAGAUGAUAACAAUGUUACAAUUAGAAACUGCACUGUUGAGGAUUUGAAUAACAAUCCUUAUGCAGCCAGACCUAUGUCAAAUUAUCCGUACUACUCUGAGGAGGACGAGGAUAGACUCUUCCAUCGCAGUCGAUAUGAUUACGAUCCCUACUACUAUCACUACGACCAUCAUUCCCCAAGACGAGCCCACUCGCAUCACGUCAGACAGAAAGAAAUGAAGAGUCCUGACAUUCCGUGGGAUGAUGAAGACAAUACUUCUGGUGAACCAGAAAAUGAUUAUGCUUAUUGAGUAUAUUUAGUAAGGAGAUGUGUUCAAAUUGAUUUUUAUCCCGAUAAGCUCAAUUUCUUUAUAACAUAAAAAAUUGUUCUCAAUGGUUUUUAAUGAAACAAUAAAGAAGACAGAAUUAAAUUGA